AUGCCACACACAGUCACCGUUACACGAUUGAAAGUCAACCACCUGAAAUUCAGUCGACAAGACUUUCAAAGAGAAUUCAAAAAUGACAUGGUGGCAGCUUUCGGUGAAUUCGUGGGCACAUUCACUUUCAUGCUCCUGGGACUUGGAGGCAUCCAAGCGGCUGGUACUUCGAACUCCGCGACACUAGCUCGUGCGGCUACGCAGACUGCCAGUGAGACAAGCAAAGGUGCCAGUGCCAUUAACACUGUGGCUAGCAUUGAGCAAUUAACAUAUAUCUCGGUUUCGAUGGGAUUGAGCUUGCUGUUUUCAGCUUGGAUCUUUUAUCGUGCUACAGGGGCAGCAUUCAAUCCAAACGUCUCAUUUGCCUUGCUUCUGGUUGGAGUCAUUAGUCCUACCAGGUUUUUUUUCUAUGUCAUUUCUCAAUUUGCGGGCGCAAUCACCGCAUGUGGAUUGCUCGAGAUCUUAUUACCCGGGCCUCUGGCAGUAACCCCAGCACUAGGAGCGGACACAAACUUAGCACAAGGUGUCUUCAUUGAAUGCUUCAUCACAUGCGCUUUGAUUUUAUCCGUGCUGUUUUUGGCAGUCGAGAAGCAUCGUGCUACGUUUUUGGCACCGCUUGGUAUUGGAAUUACCCUUUUUGCUGGACAUCUUUUUGCCGUUGUUUACACUGGAGCUGCUACGAACACAGCUAGGGCUUUCGGACCAUCUGUCAUUACGGGAUUUGGAGACGAUCAUUGGGUGUUCUGGGUUGGUCCGACGCUCGGAGCUUUCUUAGCUGUCACAAUUUAUACGCUGAUGAAACGGUUCAAAUACUGGCGAUUGAAUCUUGAACAAGAUACCGACAAAGGCAGCAAAUCCCCCGACUUAUUUUUCCAAGAAAAAAUCGAAGCCAACACCGACAAAAACAACAAUCCUCAAAGGCUGCUACCCAGUCUCGGCCAAAUUACCGAUCUUCUUAGGGGCAAUGGAAGCACUGAGGAAGCUCAUCAGGCCGGCGAAUCUAGCAAUCACCCGUCACAACCUACUGGCUCUCACAUUGUUUGA